CAUGGCGAAAGUUUGCAUGGUCACUGCUUCGAGUUUGUAAAUACGUACCUGGAGUACCUGUAUUUUAAGGAAGCAGUGACGCAAAGUGGAUCAAGAUCUAGCCAGAAAACAGCAUCUGUCAUUAAAGCCGGUACACUUUACUCAUCUUCCGUAUUGAGCAAGCCUUCUAAACGAAUAGCUGCAAAGAAAACGAGCAUUUUUGAUGCAGUCCCCUCCAAGAAGAAACCUGUGGAGGCUAUGGACAGCGUUUCUGACGAGGCUGACACGACGUCGAUGACGCGGUGCACUUCGACGUUCGGUCACAAGAUUUCGGCUUCUCCAAUUUUCAACAGCCGAUCUUCUGGGAUGGAUGACUCAUCUUCCAUGUCCAGCAGAAACGCCAGACGUGGAAAGAAGACUAGUGUUUUCCACCAAGGCCCUGUCAUUGAGCAACGACCAUGUGCAAAGAUCGUGGAAAGCAUAUCUGAUGAGGAGUUGAAUGAGCCAGUGGAACAACCUGAC